UCAGUCGAACAAGUUUAGCCGCAAAAGACAGUUUACUAUAACACACAGAGUGACACACACAAACACUAACAGUCGCCGGAAAAUUCCAACUCCGGCGAGCCCAUCAUCUGGGACCAAAAAGCCUCCUUCUUCCCCGGCUACGUUGCCGAGAGUGAAACUGAAUAACAGAAAAGAGAGUGAGUUGGGUGGGUGGGAAAGAUUGGGAGGAAGCAGUGCAUGAUGGGAUUUUGCAUAUGCCCGUUGGAGACUCCUGCAAGGUUGCUUUGGACAACCAGCUUCUUCCGCCAUAAGCUCAUGAUCUUUUAAUCCCAACCCAUAAUCAUAAUAUUCACAACCACCUUCUAAUUCAAACUACUACUACUACUACUACUACUACUAAGUUGCUAAGAUAAUAAGCAAACUCUUAAACACACACACACACACACACAUCGUCUUUGUGAUCUCUAUUUGCUUCUCUUGUCUCUCUCUCUCUCUGAGUCAUGGAAUCUGGUGGGAGGCUUUUCUUUGAUCCAUCUGCUUGUAGGGGGAACAACAACAUGCUCUUCCUUGGCACUACUGCUGAUCUCGCUUUUCGAGGAAGGUCGAUCCUGAGCAUGGAUGAAAGCUCAAAGAGGCGACCUUUCUUCAGCUCACCGGAUGAUCUGUUUGAUGAUGAGUACUAUGAGGAGCAGCUGCCAGAGAAGAAGCGCCGCCUCACUUCCGAACAGGUCAAUCUGUUGGAGAAAAGCUUCGAGGAAGAGAACAAGCUGGAGCCAGAGAGGAAAACCCAGCUGGCGAAGAAGCUGGGGUUGCAGCCGAGGCAGGUGGCAGUGUGGUUCCAGAACCGCAGGGCUCGGUGGAAGACCAAGCAACUUGAAAGGGAUUACGAUGUUCUCAAGGCUUCCUAUGAUUCCCUACUUUCAACAUAUGAUUCCAUUGUGAAGGAGAAUGAAAAGCUCAAAUCUGAGGUGGUAUCCUUGAAUGAAAAGCUUCAAUUGCAAGCUAAAGAUAUGCCGGGGGAGCCGAUAUCGGACAACAAAGCCGAACCGCUUCCAGUUGAGAUAGCUCAAAUCAUCAGCAUGAAGGUUGAGGAUCGGCUGAGCACCGGGAGUGUUGGAAGCGCCGUGGUUGAUGAGGGUAGUAGUCCACAGCUUGUUGUUGAGAGUGUUGGCAAUAGCAUGGCCCCAAUUGAGAGGGUUCAGUCAGAGGAGGAGGAUGGGAGUGAUGAUGGGAGGAGUAUCUUCUCAGAUGUUUUUGUUGCUGCUGAAGCUGAGCAACAGAACCAAGAAGAAGGGGAGGUAUUGCGUUGGUGGGGUAAUAUUAUGUUGAAUAAUGCAGCAGUGCUUUUCUAAGUAGUUGCUUAAUGGAAAAGUUUUAAAAAGUAUUGUAUAAUUAAAGUAGAUGAUGAUGGAUCAUGUGGUCGACAAAGAAAAAGUAAACGUUUGGGUUGGGUGGCUUAUAUAUAUUACCCUUUGAAGGGGAGUGCGUUUAUAAUAAAUAAAUAGAGUCCAGGUAAUAUGGUCAGUGGAGUCUUAUGUUGUAAUUCCAUGCUCAAGUAUGUUUGAAGUGAAAACGUAUAGCUAAUAAACCAUAGUUAUAUCUAUUUCCCGUGUAGUAUUAAUUGUUUACCAUUA